AUGUCACUUUUGCUCAUAAUCAUUCUCUUAAUUAAUCAGGGAAUUCCUAUUGUGGUAAGUCAAAUCGAUUUGGGUUCAUUUUCAUUAGGACAAAAUAAGCGUGGUGAUCUGAAAUUUAUUUUCAAUCAGGCAGCGAACAUUUUGGGAUUUGGGGGUGAUCGUGGAUUGGAUGUAACAGUCGGUGAUGGUCGAUUUUAUACCAAAGCACGACAAGGAGCCUUGCUUGCUGGAAAAAGGAUAGGUGCCGAUUCAAGUAUUGGCAUUAAUGAAGCUGAAGGAGUGGAUCUUAGAAAUUUUUUGAGUUUUGGCAGCAACAGUCCUAAUUCAUUCAGUAAUCCUGCUGGCCAAUUCUUUUCAUUUCUGGAAAAGAUCAAGGAAUUCUUUACUACUGGUAGAAGGCCAUUGAAUGCCAUACCAUUUUAUCCGCAAAAUGAAAAAUCAAAUGUCAAAAUAGGAAAUGCCUUUCGUAAUUUUGAAACACCAGAACAACAGAGAAAUUCUGGAGAGACGCUGAAUUAUAUGCAAUCAGGAAAUGAUGGUUACGAUGAUUAUUAUCACAGUAUUGAGAUUGAAGAUGAAUCAGCUAUAAGAGAUUUCAAGGCAAAAAAUGAUUCUUCUGGUCAUGAAAACUUGGUCAUACUGAAUCGAAGUAUUGUUGAAACUGAAUUUAAUGCUACUACCAUCUAA